AUGGUUUUGCGCAUGUGUAGUAAUUAAAAGAUACGCUUGUAUUCGGAUUACCCAGUCUGAGUGACAACUGUAAUAAAGCCGGGAGAGGCGAACGGUUGUACCCUACAUGUUCUUUCAGAAAAAAUGACAAGAUAUGAAAUGAGUUUUGAUUGGGUCUCCACAAGUCCAGGAUGAUGCAACGAAUCAAUAAAAACGUGAUUUUGGCCGUCCUGACAGCUGCAAGUUCUUUGUUUCUUCUAUUCCAACUUUAUUACUUCAAGUAUUAUAUAUCUACAAAGAAUGGUCCGGCAUAUUCGAAAUUAAAAGGAAGUUUCUCAUCUCAAGAAAGUGCACAAUGGCGAGUGGUUAAGAACUUUCUUGGUCUGGUUUCCAGUCACAAUGUGCCAGUCUAUCUUGUUGAUGCUCUUGUUUUGAAUCUACUUGACAAGGACUUGGAACAGCUAAGAAGCUCACCUGACAGUGCUCCCAGUGAAUGCCAGUAUUUCUGCAAGCCUAGAGAUGUCACCACUUUUGCACUAUUGGACAAGAUUUGGGAGCACAAAGGUAACCUGUUUCGAUCUGCAGAGAAAAUGGGAUUUCAGUGGCAGAAGUACGAGGGGAAAGAUCCACGACUUGAAGGAAUGGAUGAUUUAUCUGGAACGGAAAUCCCUUUGCACUAUAUCUUCAAAAUGGCAGCUCACACUAUCCACUUGGUGGUAUUUUAUGAAAGGAGUGGUAACUACCUCUGGCAUGGUCCUUUGAGACUUAAAAGGAAUAUGGACAGGAAAUUUGCACCAUUCCGGAAACUUCAGUUUGGUCGAAAUGCUGGUGCUUACAACAGAGCUGAAUUACUUUUGAUCACCGCUGAUGGACUGAAGGUGCAAAUUCCUAAAGAACCCGCACAGUUUUUAAAAGAGAUGUCUCAUUCAGAGUUUCUUGAGUGCAGAUACAAAGAAGCAAGAGCAUUUUUUCAGCUGUACCCUGAUGACAUCUCCCUGGAAGGUAUAGAGUUCAGGAAGAAAGCAAAAUCCCUGCUGCACCUGACAGCAUUCACACUGGAUACUUUGGGCAUCAGCUUCUGGCUAAGCAGUGGGACAUGUCUAGGUUGGUAUAGGCAGUGUAACAUUAUACCAUACAGCAAGGAUGUGGAUAUUGGUAUACUUGUAAAGAACUACAAAUCUGAUAUAAUUCCAUCUUUUCAAAAGGCGGGACUCGCACUAAAGCACAAAUUUGGAAAGGUGGAAGAUAGCUUAGAACUCUCAUUUCUUGGAGAUGACGAUGUGAAACUUGACAUUUUUUUCUUCUAUGAAGAUGAUGAUUAUAUGUGGAAUGGAGGAACCCAAGCUAAGAGUGGAAAGAAAUUUAAAUACCUCUUUCCAAAGUUUACACUUUGUUGGACUGAAUUUGUAGAGCUAAAAGUUCAAGUUCCCUGUGAAACGCUGAAUUACGUGGAAGCGAACUAUGGAAAGAACUGGGAUGUCCCUUUAAAGAUCUGGGACUGGAAAAGCUCCCCAACCAAUGUUCAGCCAAAUGGCGUGUGGCCUGUGGAUGAGUGGGACAAUGUCAUUCAGCUAUACUGAGGAAGUAAACAUUAGCUGAUCUUCAAUCAUGGCAACUUGUGUAACGUGUUUAGACUAACUUGAUAUUAACCAGUUUAUAAAAUUUCAAAAGUAUUUGGUGUUGUAUUUAUUGCAGAAGAUGCUUAAAAUCGUUAAAACAUG